UUUCUUCAACACAUACAACAUAUAUAUCUUUGCAUAUCAAAACAACUUAACCAACGUCAAGAUUUUUUGGUUGAUCCUCCUAGCUUACUACAGGAUCAUUUUUUUUUCUUUCCUUUUUCAUAUCAUUUGAGUGAAGCUAAGAAAAAGAAAGAGAUGAAAUUGAUAGGAAACAAUAGCAUGAGAAGCUCCACAAGAAGGAUUUCAAGUAAGGGAUUUGGAGGAGUGCUUAAAGAGCAAAAAGCAAGACUUUAUAUUAUAAGGAGAUGUGUGGUGAUGCUCCUUUGUUAUCAUGAUUGAUAAAUUACUUCACUCAUGGCCUUCAAACUUUUUAUACUUGUCUAAGAUAUAAUGUAAAUACAUACAAAUACUGAUCAUGGCACAAUAGCCAAUUUUGUAACCGAACAUCUUGGCUUUUUGUUUGCUUAAAUCUAUAAUAGAUCACUAGCUUUCUACUAGUAA